AUGAGUUUUUUCGAUCAACCACCUUCUCCUCUACACUUUAUGCCAAUGCCAUUUGCCGGUGGUGGUGCUGGAGGUGUUUGGCCUAAUUCUCCAAUGAACCAUGAUAUUUUUGAGUCCUAUUGUCAGUUUGAGCAUGCACCUUCUUUCAAGAGAAUGACGGAUUCCAAUAGCAACUUGCCAAAUUCUGCAACAUUCCCAGCUAUUAAAUCCAGAAUGAACUCACCAAAUCUUCAAGAAAGCAAAGGGACAAGUCAUAUAUUUUAUAAAACCCGCAUGUGUGCUAUGUUCUUGAAAGAAACUUUCAAGAAUGGGGAAAAUUGUACAUUUGCUCAUGGUGUUGAAGAUUUGCGGAACCCUCCUCCAAAUUGGCAGGAUCUAAUAUGUGUAAAGGAUAGGGAGUUGAAUGAGGAUCAAGAAAAAUUGCAUAGGAUGAAAAUUUGCAAGAUAUUUUAUGAUGGAGAGGAGUGUCCUUAUGGAUAUAAGUGCAAAUUUCUUCAUGAACGUCCUUCAAAAAUUAACACCAACAUGGCAAGGGAUAGGGAGAUUUCUGCAAUAUGUAUCAAAACUACAAGGAACAUAAGUGAUCCUAGUAUGAUUGAGACUAGUAGGCAUGAAAAUGAUAUUGUCCGUAUUGAGAUACCUAUAUACUGUAAAACAAAGAUAUGUAUCAAGUGGGAGACAACAGGUCAAUGCCCUUUCCAUGAUCGUUGUCACUUUGCUCAUGGAAAAUCAGAGCUGCAAGAGCCUAUGUUGACGAAUUUUGUCCCUACUACUCCAAGUCCCUUCUCUGUUUCGCUUGGUUCAAACACAAUGGUCAAUGCAUCGGUAAAAGAAGAAAAAGGGGGAAAAAAUCCUGAAGUUGAAACCAUCGAAGAAGAUCGCUGA